AUGUUUUCAGCGAGCAGAGAGUCGGCUUUCGCACACGCCCUGGCAGCGGCAGGUGUAGCUCAUGCCGUAUCUAGAGCUUGCAGAGACGGACAGCUGACUUCCUGUGGAUGUUCGAGAAUGGGACGCCCCAGGGACCUGAAAAAAGACUGGGUGUGGGGAGGAUGUGGCGAUAACUUGGACUAUGGAUAUCAGUUUACGCAAAACUUUGUCGAUGUCAGAGAAAAAGAUAGGAAGUUUAAGCGAGGAUCAAAGGAACAAGGCAGAGCUUUGAUGAAUUUGCAUAAUAAUGAGGCUGGGAGAAGAGCCGUCAUAAAGAAAUCGAAAGUGACCUGCAAAUGCCACGGUGUGUCGGGAUCCUGCUCCUUAAUAACCUGCUGGCAGCAACUUGCAACCUUCAGGGAAAUUGGCGACUAUCUCCGCGACAAAUACGACGGAGCAACGGAGGUGCGCGUGAACCGUCGCGGGCGCCUCCAAAUCAGAGACACCCGUCUCAGCAUCCCCACCGCCUACGACCUGGUGUACCUGGAGGACUCCCCCAACUACUGCGUGCGCGACUCCUCCAUCGGGUCUCUCGGCACGCAGGGGCGCGUUUGCAACCGCACCUCGCAAGACAUCGACGGGUGCAAUCUCCUGUGCUGCGGCCGGGGCUACAACACCAUCAAGUCGACGGUGCGCGAACGCUGUCACUGCAAGUUCAAGUGGUGCUGCCAGGUGGAGUGCAAAACGUGCGUUCGCUCCACGGACAUACACACCUGUAAAUAAUACGUUUUUCAUGAUGAUGACAAACACUAUAUAGUUCUUUGUUUUUAUGUGUAGUUCGUGUUAGAUGUGAGAAACUCCGACUAGCUUUAAGAUAAGACUGUGACUGUGUUUUAUUAUUUUUUGGUUUAGUUUAUUUAUUUAUUUUUUCGCGUAAUUUAUUCUUUUUAUCGCCAGGCGGUUGUUAACAAAAUGUUCAGCACCUAUUGUAUAUUUUUUAAAGUUUAUACGUAUUUCCAAUAUUAAAUUUCUUCCUAUUAAUUUUGGUUCGAAAUAUAACACUAACCUUUC